AUGCCACUCAAGGUAGCAGCCACAGCAUCACCUGCAUACUCAGAGCACCCACCCACUAAGGACCUCCUGUCCACCCAGGACCUCGCUGACCCUUGUCCUGUCUCUGCAGGUUUCGGCAUGACCACACCCGCCACUGUGGGUGGGAAGGCUUUCCUCAUCGCCUACGGGCUUUUCGGCUGUGCUGGGACCAUCUUGUUUUUCAACCUGUUCCUGGAGCGCAUCAUCUCGCUGCUGGCCUUCAUCAUGCGCACCUGCCGCGAGCGUCAGCUGCGCCGCAGUGGCCUGCUGCCUGCCACCUUCCGCCACGGCUCGGCGCUCUCGGAGGCCGACUCCCUGGCAGGCUGGAAGCCCUCGGUGUACCACGUGUUGCUGAUUCUGGGCCUGUUCGCAGUGCUGCUGUCGUGCUGCGCCUCGGCCAUGUACACCAGCGUGGAGGGCUGGGACUACAUGGACUCACUGUACUUCUGCUUUGUCACCUUCAGCACCAUUGGCUUCGGGGACCUGGUGAGCAGCCAGCACGCUGCCUACAGGAACCAGGGACUCUACCGCCUGGGAAACUUCCUCUUCAUCCUGCUCGGCGUGUGCUGCAUCUAUUCUCUCUUCAAUGUUAUCUCCAUCCUCAUCAAGCAGGUGCUCAACUGGAUGCUGCGAAAGCUGAGCUGUCGCUGCUGCGCCCGCUGCUGCCCCGCACCCGGCGCACCCCUGGCUCGGCGCAACGCCAUCACCCCCGGCUCCCGGCUGCGCCGCCGCCUGGCUGCGCUCGGCGUCGACCCCGCGGCCGGCGACAGCGACGCCGAGGGCCGCCGUCUGUCGGGCGAGCUCAUCUCCAUGCGCGACCUCACCGCCUCCAACAAGGUGUCGCUGGCGCUGCUGCAGAAGCAGCUGUCCGAGACGGCCAACGGCUACCCGCGCAGCGUGUGCGUCAACACGCGCCAGAACGGCUUCUCGGGCGGCGUGGGUGCGCUGGGCAUCAUGAACAACCGCCUGGCGGAGACCAGCGCCUCCAGGUAG